UGACGUCAGUUCGGUGCUUCGCUUUUUCCCCUGUGCGCGUCUCCCCCUCGCACGCUUUUUUUCGUGCCGAAGGUUUUCGGUUCCAAUCAGGGUUCUGCUAUUUCAGCUGUGGGCAACUUUCCGCUGCCUCUUUAAGAAAAAGGAAACCUUCGCGAGCCUUGGCAGAAGAGGGGUAGGAAAAGGGGAAAAAAAGAAAAGGAAAAAAGAAAAAGAGCGCGCGCGAGAGAAAGAAAUAUUUAAAAACCCAUCAAGAAGGUUGGGGGAGAAGAACUUUUUCGGGGUGCAGGAGUGCGGGGGCCCCUUCCGUCUUAAAUGCAAGAUGCAGACCACGCGGGCUUUGAUCUUCAUGUUAACCUUUCAGAUCUGCUCCCUGGAGACCGAAACGCCUACAGCUGGCUGUACCUUUGAAGAAGAUGGGGACUUCAAUCAGUGUGAGUACAGUCAAGGUGUGGAGGAUGAUUUUGAAUGGGAACUGGUCCAGAGCUAUCGCAUGCCCCACCUGACCUCUGAUCUUCCUCAUGGCUCCUACCUGAUGGUCAACUCCUCCCAGCAUGCUCAGGGGCAGAAAGCAUAUAUCCUCUUCCAGACACUGAGUGAAAAUGACACCCACUGCCUCCAGUUCAGCUACUUCAUGUACAGCCGCGAUGGGCACAGCCCUGGGACUUUGAAUGUCUACGUGAAGGUGAACGGGGGACCGCUGGGCAGCGCGGUGUGGAAUGUCUCUGGCUCCCAUGGGCGGCAGUGGCACCAAGUCGAACUGGCCGUCAGCAUGUUUUGGCCCAACGAGUACCAGGUCCUGUUUGAGGCUGUGAUCUCCACCGAACGACGAGGAUACCUAGGGCUGGAUGAUAUCCUGCUCUUGAAUUACCCCUGCUCUAAAGCGCCUCAUUUUUCCCGCCUUGGUGAUGUGGAGGUGAACGCGGGGCAGAACGCCACCUUCCAGUGUGUGGCUGCUGGCAAAGCUUCCGAAGCUGAGAGGUUCCUCAUGCAGAGGCAAAAUGGAGUGAUUGUACCAUCUGCAUCCGUGAAACACAUCAGCCACCGGAGAUUCCUGGCUACUUUUCAGCUGGAUAAGGUUUCCAAAGGAGACCAGGACUUUUACCGCUGUGUCACCCAGUCUGGCCGAGGCUCUGGUGUCUCCAACUUUGCAGAGCUCAUUGUAAAAGAACCCCCUACUCCGAUUGCGCCUCCCCAGUUGCUGAGAGCAGGCUCAACUUACUUGAUCAUCCAGCUUAACACCAAUUCCAUCAUUGGGGACGGUCCGAUUGUUAGGAAGGAAAUUGAGUACCGGAUGACGUCUGGACCAUGGUCGGAAGUGCACGCCGUGAACAUGCAGACCUACAAGCUGUGGCACCUGGAUCCUGACACUGAAUAUGAGAUCAGCGUCUUGCUCACUCGACCCGGGGAUGGAGGGACUGGCAAACCUGGGCCUCCCCUCAUCAGUAGGACCAAGUGUGCAGAACCCAUGAGGGCACCCAAAGGCCUUGCCUUUGCAGAGAUCCAGUCGAGACAGCUGACUCUUCAGUGGGAACCCCUGGGCUACAACCUGACACGUUGUCACACGUAUACCGUCACACUCUGCUAUUGCUAUGCUGUGAGUGCUGGCCACAACCAGACCUUUCGGGAAUGUGUGAAGGUGGAGCACAAUACAAACCACUACACCAUCAAGAAUCUGCUGCCAUACAAAAAUGUCCACGUCAAACUUAUCCUCUCCAACCCUGAGGGCCGGAAAGAAGGCAAAGAGAUGAUAUUUCAGACUGAUGAAGAUGUCCCUGGAGGCAUUGCUUCGGAGUCCCUUACGUUCACACCCCUGGAAGACAUGAUUUUUCUGAAAUGGGAGGAACCAGUGGAACCCAAUGGCCUCAUCACUCAGUAUGAGAUCAGCUACCAGAGCAUUGAAUCUUCUGACCCAGCAGUCAAUGUGCCCGGCCCACGACGCACUGUCUCUAAGCUCCGAAAUGAAACCUACCACGUGUUCUCCAACCUGCAUCCUGGGACAACCUACCUCUUCUCAGUGCGGGCACGAACUGGCAAGGGCUUUGGCCAAACUGCUUUAACUGAGAUCACCACCAACAUCUCAGCUCCCAGCUUCGAUUAUGGGGACAUGCCCUCUCCCCUGGGGGAGUCCGAGAGCACCAUCACCGUCCUGCUGAGACCAGCCCAGGGUAGAGGCGCCCCAAUCAGCACUUAUCAGGUCAUUGUGGAAGAAGACCGGCCCAGGAAGAUCAAGCGGGAGGUGGCCGGGCACGAAUGCUUUCCCGUGCCACUCACCUUCAGUGAUGCCAUGUCCCGGGGCUCAGUGCACUACUUUGGAGCUGAGCUCCCCCCCAGCAGCCUCACGGAAGCCAAGCCCUUCACUGUCGGGGACAACCAAACGUACAGCGGCUACUGGAAUCCCCCACUGGAGCCCAAGAAGGCCUACCUCAUCUAUUUCCAGGCUAUGAGCAACCUGAAAGGGGAAAUGAGGCUGAAUUGCAUCCGAAUAGCCCGGAAAGCAGCCUGCAAAGAGAGCAAACGUCCCCUGGAAGUCUCCCAGCAUUCCGAGGAGAUGGGCCUCAUUCUGGGGAUCUGCGCUGGAGGGCUGGUGGUAUUGAUCAUCCUGCUCGGGGCAAUCAUUGUUGUCAUUCGGAAAGGGAAACCUGUCAACAUGGCUAAAGCUACCAUUAACUACCGCAACGAGAAGACACAUAUGAUGAGUGCAAUUGAUCGGAGCUUCACUGACCAAAGUACCCUCCAGGAGGACGAAAGACUGGGUUUGUCCUUCAUGGAUGGACACAACUACAGCAACAGAGGUGAGCAGCGCAGCAGCAUUGUCAACGAGUCCAGCAGCUUGUUAGGGGGUUCCCCGCGAAGGCAGUGUGGGCGCAAAGGUUCUCCAUACCACACUGGGCAACUUCACCCUGCUGUUCGAGUAGCUGAUCUUCUCCAACACAUCAACCAGAUGAAGACUGCAGAAGGCUAUGGCUUCAAGCAGGAGUAUGAGAGUUUCUUUGAAGGCUGGGAUGCUUCAAAGAAGAAAGAUAAAACCAAAGGGAGACAGGAUCACAUGCCUACCUAUGACCGACAUCGAGUUAAGCUCCACCCCCUUCUUGGUGACCCCAACUCAGACUAUAUCAAUGCCAACUACAUUGAUGGUUAUCACAGAUCCAACCACUUCAUAGCCACCCAAGGGCCCAAACAGGAGAUGGUCUACGACUUCUGGAGGAUGGUGUGGCAAGAGCACUGUUCCAGCAUAGUCAUGAUAACAAAGCUGGUGGAAGUGGGAAGGGUCAAAUGCUCCAAAUACUGGCCUGACGACUCAGAGAUGUACAGAGACAUCAAAAUCACCCAGGUGAAGUCUGAAACACUGGCAGAAUACGUGGUGAGGACAUUCACUCUCGAGAGGAGGGGCUACUCAGCAAGACACGAGGUAAAGCAAUUCCACUUCACAUCGUGGCCAGAACAUGGUGUGCCUUACCAUGCUACUGGACUCCUCGCAUUCAUCCGCAGGGUGAAGGCUUCAACACCUCCUGAUGCAGGACCCAUAGUGAUCCACUGCAGCGCUGGUACAGGAAGGACAGGUUGCUACAUUGUCCUUGAUGUGAUGCUGGAUAUGGCCGAAUGUGAAGGUGUUGUGGACAUUUACAACUGUGUGAAAACACUCUGCUCACGGAGAAUCAACAUGAUACAGACAGAGGAGCAAUAUGUCUUCAUCCACGACGCCAUCUUGGAAGCCUGCCUGUGUGGUGAGACCAGCAUCCCUGUUAGCGAGUUCAAGGCCACAUACAAAGAGAUGGUCAGGAUAGAUCCUCAAAGCAACUCUUCACAGCUGCGGGAGGAGUUCCAGCAGACUCUGAAUUCCGUAACACCCCACCUGGACGUGGAGGAGUGCAGCAUCGCCCUUCUGCCACGCAACCGGGAGAAGAAUCGCAGUAUGGAUGUGCUGCCUCCAGACCGGUGCCUCCCCUUCUUGAUCUCCAUGGAUGGAGACAGCAACAAUUACAUCAACGCGGCCUUAACUGACAGCUACACAAAGAGUGCUGCCUUCAUCGUGACCUUGCACCCGCUGCAGAACACCACCACAGACUUCUGGAGGCUGGUCUAUGACUACGGCUGCACCUCCAUCAUCAUGCUGAACCAGCUCAAUCAGUCCAACUCUGCCUGGCCUUGUUUACAAUAUUGGCCUGAGCCGGGACUCCAGCAGUACGGACCAAUGGAGGUGGAAUAUGUUUCCAGAUCAGCUGACGAAGAUGUGGUCGCUCGUCUUUUCCGGGUGCAGAAUAUAACACGGUUACAGGAGGGGCACCUGAUGGUGCGACACUUCCAAUACUUGCGGUGGUCAGCCUACAGAGACACCCCUGAUUCUAAGAAGUCUUUCCUGCAUUUGUUAGCCCAAGUGGAAAAGUGGCAGGGGGAAUGUGGUGAUGGAAGGACAAUUGUGCAUUGUUUGAAUGGGGGUGGCCGGAGUGGCACUUUCUGUGCUUGCACCAUGAUCUUGGAGAUGAUCAAGUGUCACAAGCUGGUGGAUGUGUUCUUUGCUGCAAAGACCCUCCGUAACUACAAACCAAAUAUGGUGGAGACCUUUGAACAAUACCACUUCUGCUAUGACCUAGCCCUGGAAUACUUGGAGUCAUUGGAGACCAGAUAGCACCUUGCCGGGAACGCACAGGCAAGUGUUUGUUUUGGGUUUGGGCCAAACAUGCAUUUUGCACCUGGACUGUUUGAGUAAGAGCAAGAGGGAGGAGGAAAACAAAACCGGAAAAGAAUGAAAAGGACAAGCGAGAGAUGGGGCUGUGUUGUCCAUCCCCAACCUUCAUGUUUCUUCUUAGCCUCCUACUCCUGCCUCUCUAGCUCCCCAUGGAGUUUGGUACCUGUGUGUCCUGUGGACUGGUUUGCAGAGAGGACGUCAGGCUGGAUCUCUUUAUGGUGACACCAGUCACAGCCUUGAGAUGGACCAAGACCACAGAGAGCAGGAGGAGAAGCAAUGUCCAACUUUCAAGGUGGCUACAGGAGAUUUGAGGAAACCAUGUGGGACCUGCGGCUGUCCCAAAGGCUGACACUGCCUGAAGGAGAUGAUAUGAGAUCUUUGCGGUCAUCCUGUUUGGGAAUCCUGUGCCAAGUUUGGACUGAGCGUGCUUAAAUGGGACCUGUACAGUCUUGACUCUCUGUUUAUAACCACGUGUUUCUUGUUUCCAGACUAAUGCCUGCCUCCAAAGACGGUUCUUACAUUUAUCCUUGCCCAGCCCUGCCUGCUGGAAAAUGCCAACAAUAACCGAGUCCUGCUGUUGAUCCCGUAGGAGUGAAGCACACGGGCUGCUUACUUAAAGGCUGAGAUACCCCAGGCCAGAUUUUCUUAACUGCAGUCAUGUGUUUGCACCUGGAUAUAAUCCGCUCCAAGCUGCUGAAAGGGGCUUCUUUUUCAAAGGGCAGGAAUCAGCCCUCUAGCCCUGUAAAGCUGGUUUAAAAAUGGCUACCCAAACAUUGGAGCAUCCCAAAUCCUGCUCUGCUCUUUAGAUUCUUAGCCAUAAAGCUCACAUGCACACGAUAGCCAGAAAGAAAUUUAGUGGAGAGAAUAUAUGUUCUCCCACAAAUGGAUCUGAUCAUAUUGCUAAGAAAGAGCAGGUGAGUGAGUUAGGAAAGAAGAGGCCAACACAGGUGCAAAGAUUUAGAAAGUCUGGGGUCAGCCUUGGGUUGCUUGCUGGUUGUGGCUUUGAGCAUGGAGAAGGGGAAACCUAUGACUGACUUCAGCACUUAAGGCUAAUGUGGUUGGAGCUCAUUUUGCCUUGGAAAAAUGAACCGGUUUUACUGGCAUUCGUUCUAAGAUGGUAGCACAUUUCCUUUGUACAGCUGAGCUCCCUCCAGUGAGCGAAUGCCUCAAAGGAAUCAGUUAAUGCCAACCAGAAUAAUCAUAAAAGAGCUGGAUGGCAAAGUUUCUUUAUUCUAAGCCCCUAGUUGCAGUUUGGGAUCAACUGCUCAGAACCUGGACCAGAAGCCUAGAAACAGCUGUUUAUAUAGGCCCUUUGAUCCAACAGCCAAACUAGCUAAUCUGUCCAUUUCCCACUCUGGGGAUCAUAUUUGUUGGAGGAAAUUAAUAGAGGAUUAUUUAACCCUGUAUACUGUUGGGCCUGGAAAUGGUUGCUUUUUAUUUGCUUCCUUGUGGAGACAAUCUAGGUAGCCAUGCUAAGCAACUUCUGGCAAGAGAGGAUCACAUACAAUGACCGAAGCCCCCAGUUCUUAGACUGCAUGAUGGAGACAAGUGUGGGUACAGUCCACAAUAUGAGACAACACACUUAUUGUAGCACAGCUCCAAGGGUCAGUUGUGAGCAUUGUGAGGAGCACCCAUGCUGGCCUAAAACAGUGGACUUCAGCCUGGUGGGUAGCCUUGCUUUGCUAAGCCACUCUUACUACCACUGGUGGAGGACCCCAGUCCCAGCCCUCGUCGUUCCCAUAGACAAAGCAAAUCCUUACUGGUCAAGGCAUUGACUGAACUAGCAAGAAAAGGAAGCAUUCUGGGCACGGGUGUGCAUUCAUCAAGUGAAUGUAGCAGUGAACAAUGGCCCACUGCAACUGGCAUUGGUUCGCUUUGCAGGGAGAGGGUUACUUUCUCGGUUAGCGGCAAGAUUUUUCUUUGGCCAAUGCUCCUGGCACCCCUCACUUUGUCCCCAUCAACACCCCAGUGUUGCACCAGACUUGAGGCUGGUAGGAGAGAGGGUGUCUACCAGCAUCGGCUGCCAUUUUUGUGUGGGAGCUGCCAUUUUCCUCCCACAAUGCCCCAGCAUGACAAAUUCUGGGAAAACAAAAUGGUGGCCACCAGGAAGCAUCAAUAUAUACCCAACUUAUGCUGCCACUUGCUGAAGACAGGCAUGAAUACUGAAAUGAAGCAUAGAAUGAACAGAAUUGUCAUUGACAAAGACUGAAACUGGUGGCAGCUGGGUGGUGGUGGGGCAUCCUUGUAUACUCCCAAUGGUUCUUUCACAAUGUGACAACAGUGGGCAGAUAUUUUGUCACUGACUUUUGCAUCUGGUCCACCAAUGGUGCCUCCAAGGAGACUUAGGGUACCACUUUCCAGUGUGCUCAAAGCAAGAUCCAUAGGCCACUGUGCCAAAGUAAGAACCAAAUUUAUUCAGCCUAGCGAAGGGGUAGUUGGAAAAGAGCCAAGAUAUAAGCUGGCACUUACGCAGGAUACACCUGGCCAAAAGGAAUUCUGGAAGGGUGGAUCUGAUGGAAACCAUAGGCUGAAACUUAAGGGCUUCUCCACAUGUUUCUCUUUUCUUAAUGCUGAGAUUAAUACCAUUAAAUGUUAAUAGCAACUUGUAGUUUCCUGUGUUAAAAGCAAAGAUAAACAGUAUUCAUACUUUUUCAAACUUUUUACAAUAAGAGUAUUUAAAAGGCUAUGCCUGUGGCACAAUUUAAUAGGAGGUGGUAUUUAGGCCCAGCAUUUAGCUUGCUGGAAAUUACAGAUUCCAUCUGAAAGACAAAUGACUGCUUGCCUUUAUGGCUGCAAAGAAUUUGAACUCUUGGAAGCUGAAAGAUGGACUGAAUGAAAUUUCCAGAGGCUGGAAUUGGGAUUCCCAUGCUGUGCAUAACACCUUGUUCCUUCAUAUGUCUAUGAAAAGCAGAAGAAAUAAUAUGAAAUUGUAAAAAUGUCAGAAUCCUGCCAAAUAACAGACAUUAUACAGAUCUUGUCAACUUAAAUCAUCUAUAUUGGUUGCAGAAUUCAGCUUUUCUUGGUGCAGGAUUUGAAUUCAGAAGGCAGAAGGCCUGAAGUACGGAAUUGCUAAGUAGAGAAGUGAUAUGUGAAGUCACUCAGCCACCAGGAGAGUUUCUUCUGACCCUCUAAAGAUUAUUGGAAUGUUGCUCAGGAUUCGUCACCUUGCCCAUUGAAUGUUUAGGAUGCUGCAGGACACACAGCAACCAGAACAUUGAAGGAAGGUGGGUGGGAUCUAUUGGCUUCAUUCUUGACUAGUGCAGCCCAUAGAGAAAUUGUAUCUAAACU